AUGCGGAAACCAUCCAUUCCCGACCUGAUCUAUCAAAAGACGUUUCCUCGCCCAAAGCAGGGUGAACCUGCAUCCUUCUAUGCCCACGUUCAACGGCACAUAGUGGGAGAGGUUCGGGUGGAAGUUCAGACAUACUAUGGGGCACUCGACACUUUGGAGGCACAAUAUCCUGGUCUUGACUACACCUAUGCUCCACACCGUCGGCGAAUGUCUCGCUAUCCAUGGCAUCGCCGCCUAUUUCGUGUGUUCGACGAGCUAAGUCUAACCAACGAUGAGAUAUUAAAUCUAUGUCAGUGGGAAGGAACAAGAGCUGCCAAAGAGAGAUAUGAGCGAGAGGCACAAACCGAAGUCAAGACCACAACUGCCCAUGACGUUGCUGUUGCUCCAAGGGGAUCAGGUCCACGAGUCAUUUUUGAAGGGUGGUCGACUGAGUCGUCAGCAGAACAAUCGAUCGAUAGCCAGCACGCAGCCAAAGAAGACCCAGCAGACCAAGAAUCAGACGACCAACCAAAAUCCGAGCAACGUGGUGACAGUCCCGACUCUCUUCCUGCGCCUUCAAACGAAAUCCUUGACCUAUUGAGAACCGCCAUUCAAUCUCGAUCUAGACUUGAGUCCAGUGUAGCAACAACGCAAGCUUGGGAGCAAUGGCUAAAGGACGCAUUAGAACGACAUGAAAUGGAUAUUGACUCGGUAAUGACUGCUCUGGAAGGUAUCGAUCCAGAUCCGCUUGCCCCUUUGGAUGAUCUCGAAGCCCUUGGCUCACUUCUCACCGACUCCCCCAUUCCAGGCCGCACUCCUUCACCUCGUGCACUCUCAUCAGCUGAGCAACGGACUUAUGAUGAGCUACACAACAUGGUGGAUCAGCUUCAAACAGACAAUACCCGACUUGCAGCUGACAAUGCAGCUCUGGCUCUAUUUUUGAGACGAACGCAGACUGAGGCAGCUAGAUGA